AUGCCUCAAUCCCCCAAAGCGACCCCUUCGCCCUCGACAUCUGACACAGAGAGGGAUGUGGACUACUUUUUCGCCUUCAUUGCCGCACUUAAAUCUCGGGGUGGAUAUCAGCGAGUCAAGGAGUUGGCGCACAGGCAUGAAGCGCAAGAGCGCGAACUAACCGAACUCCACGUUGCGUACAAGACGAAUCUUAACGAACUGUCUCUACGCGGAAUAGAGCAGGAGAAGGAGAAGCGAGAACACACUGAGGCAGUCCGGGCUCUCGAAGCCCGCCUUGCCACGGCGGAGCGUGAGAGGGUCGCUGCCGAAAACGCGAAAGAAAGCGAGGAGACAAAGGUCGGGAAUCUCUGCGCGCAGGUCUGGGACUGGGAGCAAAAGGUCCUCCGAGUGACCGAGACGGCCAAAGCCCAUGAGAAGGACAACCUGAAUCUGAAGGCGAAGAACAAAGAAUUGAAGGAGAAGGUCUCUUUGCUAGAAGGGCGGGAAAAGGCCCUGAAUGCAAACUUGUCAUCUCUGCAGUCCGACCUCGUGAAGAAGUCGGAGGAAUUGCGAAAGGCGCAGAACGAGCUCGCUGCAGUUCGCUCCCAUAUCACCAAGAUGCCUAGUCUUGAAGUCAACCGGGUCCAGAUCUGCCAGGGCCUCAACUCCGCCUUCCGUGGCGUCCUAGACUUCCUAGGCGCCGAGCUCACAGCCGACCUUCCUGAGAGCUGUCUAGAGGACGGCGCGGCGUGGGCCGGCAUCCGAGACCAUCAGGCAAUCCGACGCACUGCCAUUCCUCUUCCCCCGACCAACACCCCCGCCGCCAAGCGUAUGCGGGUUUUCGCUGCGCUGGUCGUACUCGCAGACGCGCUCGUCAAACAUAUUUUCAGGCCGACGUACUUCCUUCACCAGGGCGAGGAGCUAGACCGUGCGCUGGAAGAACUGGGCAAGAGCCAUUCUGGCCAUGGUGCUUUUAUCCGAGCCGUUCUCUUGAAAGCGACCGCGUCAGGGAAGCAUGACCCGGCGUCGUCUCGCUCUGCUCUUGUUGUUCGUGAGGUCGCCGCAGCAGUACAACAUUGGAUUCCCGCAGACCGAAGUGACCAGUUCCACGAGGCGAUGCGUUGUCUCACGGACCUCCUCCGCGAGACAUGGCAAAUCUACAGGAGGACGGACGCACCCAGCCUCGGCCCUCCGUUGCAUCUAGCCAGCCGUCUGUCCCGCUCGGGGCGUCAGACGACGUGA